AUGUUUCGGUUCAGGCGAUUACUUCCAAACCCUACAUUUCUCUUUCGAAUUAGCCCACCAUUGUCUCAGACCUCGAAUCUCAACAAUGUGCGCCAUGUCAAAUUCAAGCGGCCGUGGAUUAGGAAAUUUUUUACCACGUUUUUUAUUUAUGGUGCCGCAUUUCAUUUGUGGAGUUCAUUUGUUCUCCUUCAGUUUGAUAAUACGCUAGACGAUUCCGAUGCCACACAGGAAGCACUUCCUGGGAAGGCGGGUGUGGGCGAAAAUCGAAAAGAUGAGACCGAGGGGCGCCUCAAGAACCCUGCGAGCGGAACAAUAGAUUCUGAUCCUGUUUUCAUACCAUUGGGCUGGCCACGAUUACACAAAGGUGAACUAUAUGCAGCAUCGGACCCGGAGUGGCAAGAGUUUGUCAAGACGUCGCGGGACCGAGAAAAGCUUCAAUAUCUCAGAGAUGAGCUGGCAUCCAUUGUUCAGAAAGAUGCCUCCCAGUCUGAAGUACUAUCGCGCGUGCUAGGGGGUCCCCUUCGCGUAACAGGGUUCUGGCUAGUGCAUCAUUUUCCAUCUCGCGCUCCUCCUGAUUAUGGGCGCUCAGGGCUAGAAUUCACCGACGGUGGCAUAUCGUGGGUAUCAAAACCUAUGUCUCUGGAGGAUGGCGACCGUCUUCGGAGGUGUGUACAGCCUUUAUCUGUGGCACUUGCCAUAAAGGAUGCCUAUAUGAUCUUGGUGAAAAGACAACUUUCCCGGCUUAAUAUUACAGGUUUAGAGCAGGAACAAGCCCCAGGUACUUCAAGCCUACCGUCCCAUAAGACGCUAUCGUCCGAGCUUCAACCCCUGGACGGAUUGCACCCCAUGCAUCAGUCUGAAACACAGUCGACCUCACCUACUGGUUCUCAGGAGGGCACCUUGCGAGACAAAGGUGGCGCCGACCUUCAUCAUUCUCUAGUUAUCUCGACACUGCAACGAUUGCCUUUACCAAAGUUUGGUCCCGGGUCUGAUCUGUACGCAGCAUCGUUAGCUUUUAAGAUGCGGCUGAAGGACUGUUGGGCCCAAGAACUACACCGUCCUCGGCGUGGCGCGUUCUAUUUUAUCGGUCCUGUCGGCUUGAAAGGCCCCAGAGGGUUUUGCAGGGUUGAAGUGAAAGGUGAAUACGAUCCAGCAACGGCCAGUUGGUCUUUGGUUUCGAUGCAGCUUAAGGAUGUGAGCAUAUUCAACCAAACAGCGCUUGGUGGCCCUUAA